AUGGAAGGAAUGCUACACAGGAAGUCGAUGCUCAAUUCCUUCCAUGGAUUUUGGAAACUGUCACAAGUCCGUUGUAGUUACCUCCGAAGCUCAAUUCUUCGACUUGAACAGGAGGUGCGGGCUGUGCAGGAGGUACGGGAGGUGGUGGAAGGGUGGAAAAUUGAGCAUCGACUUCCUGUGUCUUCGUGUUAUCGGAUAAGUCCUUACAAUCCCCAAAUUAAUGUUUCUAUCACUUUCCACCAACACACACUUGCCAUCCCUCCACCCACCACACCACCACGAGCAGCCGUAUCGGAGCAAAUCAACCACUGGACUACCUACGGCCUCCACCUCCACGCCCGGCAGGGCCUCCACGGCCUCCCUUAG